AUGUUUAAUCAAAUUCAACAAGAAAGUCGUCGAUUAAGUAUCAAUUCGGCACUUCGUUCUGUUAUUGAUCUUGUAUGUACAUCUAAUAUACUUGUUAAUUCGGAAGAAUUUACUUCAUCGUCAUCUCAUUUUGAUAAUGAAGCAUUUACUGAAGGAUCAAUACUUAUUGCUAAUCGUCUGGUUGAUGUUCAAACAAAAUUAGUGUCUGAUUCAUUAUCAGUUAUUGAUGCUCGUCAAUCAUUUGGCCAAGCUAUGCAUACAUUACAAGAUUUUUAUGCUCAUUCGAAUUGGGUAGAAUUAGGGCGGCAAGUACCAAAUCAAGCGAUUGGUACUGGCACGACACUGGGAUUAUAUGCACCACAAUACCUUGAUACUUGUAGCAAUUGUACAGAGCAAAGUUGCGCUGAGAGAAAUAUUCUCUCUGAGAUUUAUAGUGGUCAAUAUUUGACAAGUGGAUAUUUUGAUAUAUAUCCUGGAGGUUCUUCUAAACCGAAAGGCAAAUGUAGUCAUGGUGGUCUACUUGAUAUGACAACUCAAACAGAUGCUGUAGGUUUUGGGAUUAACAAAGAUAAUGAAAUUUCUGAUCAUGGAUCAUUUCAUAUUAUUGCAGCUAAAAUUGCUCUUAUGGCUACAAUUCAACAAUUGGAAUCAUUGUGGUCAACUGUAGGUAAUGAUAUUUUUGGUCGAUUCUUAGGUUUUCAUUCAAGCAGUCUUGUUAUUGCAAUUGAUACGACAGGCAGUAUGCCGCCUGUUAUCGAACUAGUUAAAACAGUAGCUAUUGGUAUCAUCGAAUUUACACGUGACGAGAAUUCAUUAUUUCGACCUGCGAAUUAUAUAUUGUCACCAUUUAAUGAUCCCAAAUGGGGUCCACUAACAAUUACAACGGACGUUCAAUUCUUUAUAGAUAAAAUUAAGAAUUUGACUGUCGAUGGUGGUGGUGAUGAACCUGAAUUAUACUAUCAUGGUCUUAACGAAGCUCUUCAAGUAUGUGAAAUGAAUUCGAUUAUUUACACAUUUACUGAUGCACCAGCUAAGGAUGCUUAUCUUCGAUCAAAAGUAUUCGCACGUGCUACUGAACUUAAAUCCAGAAUUUUCUCGUUCUACGUUCGUAGUACAUCCACAUCUGGAAAAAGUCUUCGACGAAGAGAUGAAGAUGAAAUUUUAGAUGGCUCAGUAGAUGAUGAUCUGGCUACAGCUACGGGUGGAUCAACAAUUGGACUGAAUCCAUAUCGAGAUAUUAAUGCAACAACGACCUUUGUUAUUCGUCAUUUAUUUCCACAACAUUUAUUACUUAGUAUUACUGGAUCGGGCAUGAUCAAUAGAACAUUUACUGUCGAUGUCAAUAUCACUCGCAUAGAGAUCGAUUUAACAUCCAGCAGAGCUCUUUUCACAUCAACUUUCGAUUCAUUCCAUUUAAUUGAUCCCAAUGGUGUAUCAAUUACUCCAGUGCUAGUUGCUGCCGGGACCUAUUUUCAAUUAUAUAUCAUCGAGAAUCCAUGUUUUGGUUUAUGGCAUCUUUUAAGUAAUCAAUCAUACUCUCAUACUGUCGGAAUAACUAUUCCAGAAACUUCGAACACAUCAACUGUAACAGCAUGUCAUACAACAUUAAGUCAACGAAUUAUACGCGAGUCAAAUAAUGCUUAUGGACCCUUACUUAUUGCGCCUACUAUCAAUCAAUCAGAUCUUGUUUUAAUAACAUCAUGCAACAAUCUUCGAUCGUCUAUUCAAUCGGCUACUAUUGAGUUAGUUAAUAAACGCGGUGAAACUAUAUCAGUUUUACAUACAUCGAAUAUCACCACAACUGGAUCAAUCAUUUUACCUGUGAUAAUACCCGAUACUGAUUUUCGUAUGUUGACUAAAAUAAAAUUGACAGACAAUUUCAUAAUAGAACGACAAAGUAAUGCUCUCAUUUCACCCACCUCAAUUUUGAUCUCAAUUACGAAUCAACCAUACACGUUUACAAACAAUUCAAUAACUCCUAUUACAUUCACAAUCUAUAAUCAAGCUCAAGAAACUUUAUCAAUUCACAUGUGUGUGCUGGAUACAUUACAAUUAUUUGGCAUUAAUGGAACCUGUCAAAAAUAUACUGUUUCUAACAUGAGUUUCAUCCAUGAUACUUUGAAUAUCGAUAUAAGUACUUGGUUAGAAGAAAACAAUACUAGCAAUAUCAGCGAUGUAACAAGUGGAUCUAUGACAUUUGCCAUUAGUUCAACAAACAACAUCGGAAAAGUACUUAAAAAUCAUAAUAAAAUUUCUUUCUAUAUUCAAACACGAGAAUAUAAUCAUAUAUCACCGGAGACAAUCGAGUAA